UAAAAAUCUCUGUCGGAGACCAAGUGCACUUGUGCUGGGGAGAGGAAAAAAAAAAGAAUGCUGCAUUUGUGGCUUUUAGGCAACCGCCAUUGGAUGUCCUGUGACUGAGGAGCCAGGUUUUGAAACUUCAUUCUUAUUAUGCCUUUGGAGAUGGAGCCCAAAAUGAGCAAACUGGCCUUCGGGUGCCAGAGGAGUUCCACAUCAGAUGAUGACUCCGGCUGUGCGCUGGAAGAGUAUGCCUGGGUGCCACCAGGCUUGAGGCCAGAGCAGAUCCAGCUGUACUUCGCGUGCUUGCCAGAGGAGAAGGUCCCUUAUGUCAACAGCCCCGGAGAGAAGCACCGGAUCAAGCAGCUUCUGUACCAGUUGCCGCCGCAUGAUAACGAGGUGCGGUACUGCCAGUCUUUAAGUGAAGAGGAGAAAAAGGAGUUGCAGGUGUUCAGUGCUCAAAGGAAGAAAGAAGCUCUCGGGAGAGGGACCAUUAAGCUCUUGUCCAGAGCCGUGAUGCAUGCGCUGUGUGAGCAGUGUGGGUUGCAGAUGAACGGAGGCGAGGUGGCAGUGUUUGCCUCCCGCGCGGGCCCUGGAGUCUGCUGGCACCCAUCCUGCUUUGUCUGUUUCACAUGUCAUGAGCUACUGGUCGACCUCAUCUACUUCUAUCAGGAUGGAAAAAUUCACUGUGGCAGGCACCAUGCAGAGCUGCUCAAACCUCGGUGCUCGGCCUGUGAUGAGAUAAUUUUUGCUGACGAGUGCACAGAAGCCGAGGGGCGCCACUGGCACAUGAAACACUUCUGCUGCCUCGAGUGCGAAACGGUCCUGGGAGGGCAGAGAUACAUCAUGAAGGACGGUCGGCCCUUCUGCUGCGGCUGCUUUGAGUCCCUGUAUGCCGAGUACUGCGAGACCUGCGGGGAACACAUCGGUGUGGACCAUGCGCAGAUGACCUACGAUGGGCAGCACUGGCACGCCACAGAGGCCUGCUUCUCCUGUGCUCAGUGUAAGGCGUCUCUGCUGGGAUGCCCCUUCCUUCCGAAACAGGGUCAGAUCUACUGCUCCAAGACCUGCAGCCUGGGUGAAGACAUCCACGCCUCCGAUUCUUCUGACUCUGCCUUCCAGUCGGCCCGCUCGAGAGACUCUCGCCGAAGCGUGCGCAUGGGCAGAAGCAGCCGCUCCGCGGACCAGUGCAGACAGUCUCUCCUCUUGUCGCCCGCUCUCAACUACAAGUUCCCCGGGCUUUCUGGCAAUGCUGACGACACCCUUUCUCGGAAGCUGGAUGACCUGAGUCUCUCCAGGCAGGGAGCAGGUUUCGCUAAUGAGGAAUUCUGGAAAGCCAGAGCGGAUCAAGAGGCCUCUGAAGACCCCGAAGAAUGGGCUGAGCACGAAGAUUACAUGACGCAGCUCCUGCUCAAGUUCGGCGACAAAAACCUCUUUCCGCAGCAGUCCGGCGAGGCGGACGUCAGAGCCAGUGAGCACUGGCUACCUGACAACAUGGUUACAGGUAAGCCCCAGGUAAAGCCGAACCACCAGAGCCUCGCCAGUAAGAAGUAUCAGUCUGACAUGUAUUGGGCGCAGUCCCAAGACGGGCUGGGCGACUCUGCCUAUGGCAGCCAUCCGGGCCCUGCCAGCAGCCGCAGGCUGCAGGAGCUGGAUCUGGACCACGGCGCCGCAGCCUAUCAUCAGGACCAAAGCCAGUGGUAUGAAGACUCCCUGGAGUGCCUGUCUGACCUGAAACCAGAGCAGAGUGUCCGGGAUUCUAUGGAUUCUUUGGCGUUGUCCAACAUCACAGGGGCAUCGGUGGAUGGAGAAAGCAAGCCACGACCAUCCUUAUACUCUCUCCAAAACUUCGAGGAGAUAGAGGCGGAGGAUUGUGAGAAGAUGAGCAACAUGGGCACUCUGAAUUCUUCCAUGCUGCACAGGAGUGCCGAGUCCUUAAAAAGUCUCAACUCCGAGUUAUGUGCUGAGAAAAUCAUGCCCGAAGAAAAACCAGUCCACCUGCCGGUGCUCAGGAGAUCCAAGUCUCAGUCCAGACCACAGCAGGUCAAGUUUUCAGACGAUGUCAUUGACAACGGAAGCUAUGACAUCGAAAUCCGGCAGCCUCCGAUGAGCGAAAGGACUCGGAGACGCGUGUAUCACUUCGAGGAGAGGGGAUCCAGGCCUCACCACCACCGCCACCGGCGAAGCAGGAAGUCGCGCUCCGACAACGCCCUGAACCUGGUCACAGAAAGGAAGUACCCUGCCAAGGACAGACUUCGGCUGUACAGCCCUGAUAACUAUGAGAAAUUCAUACAGAAUAAAGGCGCCCGGGAGCUGCAAGCCUACAUGCAGAAUGCCAACCUGUACGGCCAGUAUGCCCACGCCACGUCUGAUUAUGCCCUGCAGAACCCAGGAAUGAACAGGUUUCUGGGGCUCUACGGUGAUGACGACUCCUGGUGUUCAUCCUCCACUUCAUCCUCCGACUCGGAAGAAGAAGGGUAUUUUCUGGGACAGCCAAUUCCUCAGCCGAGGCCACAGAGAUUCACCUACUAUACAGACGACCUUUCUAGCCCAGCUUCUGCACUGCCAACCCCACAGUUUAGUCAGAGGACAACUAAAUCCAAGAAGAAAAAGGGACACAAGGGCAAAAACUGUAUUAUCUCUUAACCAAGUGGACAGGGAGAUUACCUGUUUAAAACGUUAAGUCGCUCAGCCUGGACUUUUGACCUUUUACUCAUCAUAGGAAAGUCGCUAAAAUAGUGUAAAGUGCUUUCUUGGCCUAUGUAAAUGAGAGCCCUACUGCUGUUUACAGUCAGGGUACCACGCGAAAGGGGUGGUUUCCCCAGCCGCCCUUCCAGGGUAGUGCCAGAUUAACACACUGCCUUGUGCCUGUGGCAGGUGGAUCACGGCUGCCUUGGUCCCCAGCCUACUAGAGAACACCCCAGAAACCGCCGGCAGGUGACUGGACAGUGUCUGAGAAGAUGGAUGGCUACCUUUGUAAGCAAUAGUGUUAGUCCGUACUUCAGUCAGGUUGGCUCAGGUCAUGACUGGUGUCUUGUUGUGAGGCAUGCCUUGUCACCACGAUGACCUAGCUAACGCUGUGCGUCCCGUUUGUGUGAGGCGAACUUGUUCCCCCUCAGCCCUUAUUAGCCAGGUAAUCAUACUGUAUUACUUCCAGCUACAGAGCGAACGAACUUGCUAUUUAUAUGUAGUAUUUCAUUGACCUAAGUGUAUUCCUAAUUUAACGGUGCAAAUAUUAAUGUAUAUACUGUACAGUUCAGAUUUUAAAGCUGAUAUUUUUAUAUCCCUGAAUUGCAAGAUGUUUGUUACACUGCCGUGCUAGAGUUGUUAGGAGAUCAGAAACAGCAUUUAUGGAUGAGAUGACUGCUUGUAUUUUAGUCAGGGUUUAUAAGUUUAGACAGUCAAUUUAUAUUGCUUAGUGAUGGAAAGUUGUUUUGUUUUGUUUUUUUCCCUUCAAUGCUAAAAAAAAAAAAAAAAAAAAAAAAAAGGCUCUGUAUGCAUGGUGGGGCUAUGUACAUACUUGUUACUGGGACCCUGUUAAUCACAAGUGUUAUUUAUGGGUCAAGCUUUGUAAACUGUAUAAAUGUAAAAAACACACCCCACACAUACCUCUGGAGCAUACGGUGAAACCAAGGAGAAGCUGUCCGGGCGGUCUUCCCUGGGCAGGGGGAGGUCUCUCAGCAAGUGAGGGCCAUCCAUACAAAGAGCUUUCUGUGGCAGUCUGUGUAGACUUACUAUGUAAAAAGAGAGGUUAUUUCUUCUGCCCUUCCCUUCCAACUGGUUGUUGGCCUUUAAAAGCAAUUUUGAAAACUGGCUUUCCAGUUGCAGUUUUCUUUUAAAAAUUUUCAGUUAGAACAUCAAGCCAGGGUACUUCAAAUUCACGAUGCUCUGGUUCAAUGGAAAAUUAUGUUGGAUUUGAACUAAUGAGCAGGUAGUUUGGUCUGUGCUGUUCUUGCAUUUACAUCUCAGUUCUAACUAAAGGUCCCAGUGUCGUCCUGGGCCUUUCAGGGAGGUGUUUAAUAAAGGCUUAAUAAAUGAUAA